AUGAUACAUACAGUAUGUUUUGUAUGCAGUUCUCUUUUUUUAUUCCUUCUGCAGGCCCCAACGUGGACAUACAUAUCUUGUGCUGUUGGUUUAUUUAUUUACCAGUCCUUGGAUGCCAUUGAUGGGAAGCAAGCAAGGAGAACAAACAGCAGUACUCCGCUGGGAGAGCUUUUUGACCAUGGAUGUGACUCCCUCUCUACAGUGUUUGUGGUUUUGGGAACAUGUAUUGCUGUACAGCUUGGUACACACCCGGACUGGAUGUUCUUCUGCUGCUUUGCAGGCAUGUUCAUGUUCUACUGUGCUCACUGGCAAACAUAUGUUUCUGGAAUGCUGCGAUUUGGAAUAAUUGAUGUGACUGAAGUUCAGAUCUUCAUAAUAAUCAUGCAUUUAUUGGCUGUGAUCGGUGGACCAGAUUUGUGGCAAUCAAUGAUUCCAGUGCUGAACAUGCAAGUAAAACUUGCUCCAGCCCUCUGCACUGUUGCUGGCACCAUAUUUUCUUCUAUCAAUUACUUUCGAGUUAUCUUUACCGGUGGGGUUGGGAAGAAUGGAUCAACAAUUGCAGGAACCAGUGUAUUGUCCCCAAUGCUACACAUUGGCACAGUCAUUAUUUUAGCAACGAUGAUUUACAAGAAAUCUGCUGUUCAGCUUUUUGAAAAGCAUCCGUGCCUUUAUAUUCUUGCAUUUGGAUUUGUUUCUGCGAAAGUAACAAAUAAGCUAGUAGUAAGUAGUCUUUUUUUACUUGUUUAA